AUGCGGACUGUUGGUUUAUUGCUGUUAUUGCCCCAUGUACUGAAUGGAUUGCCUGUAAAUACUGUAAAUACGGCUGAUUCCACGGCCCACUGUGUCAAGUGGCGUGCCACUUCAAAUUGCGAUCCACAUGGCCAGCGUGAGCCUCACAACGACGCUCCGUGUUCUCAGCGCAUCGCGUCCGGUCUCUCGGGUUUUUGUGAGUGUGAAGGCCGCCGCCACGUGCGUGAAGUCGAGUGUGAUCAUCAUGAAUUUACAUGUGAAGAAGCGUGUGCUCAGGAGUCAUCCGCUGAUCUCAGUUACCCGCAAGGCUUUAAGCAUGUGACAUGUGGUAGCUCUAUCAAGUUGGUGCAUGAAACAAGUCGCUACCGUUUGCACUCGCACGAGGUCGCGUAUGGCACUGGCAGUGGCCAGCAGUCGGUUACGACGCAUAUGGCACGGAAUGACGUCAGUAGUUAUUGGCUCGUCAAAGAAGGAGACUCGGAGCCAGUGUGUCAAGUGGGGACACCCAUUGAGUGUGGAGCUACCAUUCGACUGGAACAUAUGCAGACACGACGAAACUUGCACUCGCAUAUGUUUAAGGCACCAUUGUCGACGAAAAACCUUGAGGUCAGUGCUUUUGGAGUCGCUGGAGAAGGCGACCGGUUGGACUCGUGGAUCGUCGAAUGUCAGGAGAACGAGCAGUGCUCGGCUGACGGUGAGUGUGAAGAAGAUGGGCUUUGGAAACGAGGAGAGAUUGUGCGCUUCCGCCACCAGUCGACAAAUUACUUGCUACACACCAGCUCCAUGGCGCGCUUUGAUGACAGCAAUUGUCCCCAUUGCCCUAUUAACGGCCAGCAAGAAGUUAGUGGGAGUGCCACGCGUACUCGUGACACGCUCUGGUUUGCUGGAGAGGGCAUCUACGUGACGGAAUAG